AUGAGUGGCCUCCAUUACGGGCAGUGGCCAACGCACCACCCGGCGUCCCUCGGCGUGCGGCACCACUCGACGACCUCAUACUCGUCGCUCGACGACAAGGCUGUCGUUUGCAAGAAGAAUGUGUUUGUCUCCAAGUCGAUGCGCGUGCAGCUGGCGCGCGUGAGCUACAUCAACAUGAUCCUUAUCGCACAGACGCUGCUCUUCAACGCCUAUCGCGGCGAGGCCAUCACCCACAGCGCGACCUGCGAGCGCUACAACACGGUGCGACUCCUUCUGCGCAGCGUGCUCUGGGGCACCAGCUUUGUCCUCUUCCUGCCGACGACAGGCCACAAGUUCUUCAAGCUCUACCACGUGCGCUACGACCGCGCGUCCCGGCGAAAGCGCCACCGGCUCUCAGACACGCUCCUCGACACGGACACGUCGUCGCAGCCGCCGUCCCGAAAACAGCUUCACGUGGUGCGCACGACGUUUCUGCGGCUCUGCGAAUGCGUCGCGCUGGCGCAAAUCGCGCUGCUCGCACUCACAAUCGUGUACAUUCCGCUCGGUAUGGCGCAGCCGAGCUGGACGUGGGAUUGCCCCUCAGCAAUGGACGAGACGCUGCAUGGUCUUCUCCUGGGCAUUUCGUUCGUCUUUGCGCUCUGGGCGUAUAUCGUGACGUGGGACUUCCUCGUCAUGUUCCAUCAGCUCCGCACGCAUUUGCUCUUGCAACACGGCGUGUUUGGCGACGCGCACCUCGCGCAUGACCGUCCGUUCAACCGCUCGCGGACUGAGAUCUUACGCCACCGCAUGUGGAUGGCCGUCCAGGAGAAGGACAUGGAGGCGCUCCACGCAGCCGUGACCAAAGCGCUUGGCGAAGACCCUGCGUUUGCAACCAACUGGUUUUCCGGCGUGACGCUGCGCUGCCAUAAGCGCGUUGCGAGCUCCCAGCACAACCCGCUGCACCUGGCGCUCAAGACCCACCAGCACGAAAUUGCGUGCUACCUCUUGGACGUUGGGUUUGGGCUCAAUACGCUCGAGAAGGUGCAGCUGUCCGAGUUUGCAUUACGCCACGUGUACGACAAGGUGUUUUGCUUUUUUUCGCCCAAUUUUGAAGAGCCGCCGAGCCUCUAUGGCCCGCGUGGCUGGUUCAAGCACACCUUGAUGACGCCACUGCACGUUGCUGUCGUCCGCAGCGACGUGCCGAUGGUCCAGAAACUCUUGGCAGCUGGCGCCGACCCCAACGUGCCCGCGCAGUCGACGCUGCCAACGUACGCGACGCCGCCGCUCUUUUGGGCGACCCACCCGGACGUGACCAAACUCCUCUUGGAGCACGGCGCCAACCAGCUGCACGUGCCCAAGCAUGGAUUUUACUUGACCGCCUACGAAGACGCGCUGCUGCACGGACGCCACGCAAUCGCACACCUCAUGGAGACGUGGGGGGCUGACAUUGCGCUCACUCCGCUUCACGAUGCCGCUGCCCAAGGUGACCCCGAUCUCCUCCUCCCCUUUCUCUCGGACGAGUCGGUCAACACGCUUGGCGAGCAGUCCAAAGGCCUCUUUCGGCGCACGCCACUGCAUUGGGCAGCGAUCCGUGGCCAAGUGGACACGGCAAGGGUGCUGCUUCAGCACGGCGCAACUAUCAACGCCGUCGACGCCUACGGCCGCACGCCGCUGGCGUGGGCGUGCUAUCUCAAUCACGUCGAACUCGCCGAAGAGCUCGUUACGCUCUGGGACGCCAAGCUCAACAGCGUUGACCACCUCGCCAUUGGGUUCCAAGAGAGCCUCGACCACCUCUUUGCGGUCCUUCCAUGGAUUCAUGCUGCGACGAGCGAAGAUGCCGACAGCCUCGUCGACGACGCCCCCAUGUUGGAGUACCAUAUGCACAACCUCGUGUUGUAA